CCUCGGCGGGGCGCUGUCCGCGCCAGCUUCCCGCAGAAGCUGGCGGAGGCGCUGAGCAGCCAGUACGGGCUGAACGUGUUCGUGGCGGGGCUGCUGUUCCUGCUGGCCUGGGCCGUGCACGCCUCGGGCGUGGGCAAGAGCGACCUGCUGUGCUUCCUCAGCGCGCUCAUGCUGCUGCAGCUGCUCUGGAUGCUGUGGUACGUGGGCCGCAGCUCCGCGCACCGCCGCCUCAUCCGCCCCAAGGACACGCACGCCGGCGCGCGCUGGCUCCGCGGUAGCAUCACAUUGUUUGCAGCCAUUACCAUCAUCCUGGGAUGCCUUAAAAUUGGGUACUUCGUUGGAUUUUCUGAAUGUUUAUCAGCCACUGAAGGAGUUUUCCCUGUCACACAUGCAGUCCACACUCUGUUGCAGGUGUAUUUUCUCUGGGGGCAUGCAAAGGAUAUCAUCCAAUCUUUCAAAACACUGGAAAGGUUUGGGGUGAUCCACUCGGUGUUUACCAACCUGCUUCUGUGGGCCAACAGCGUCCUGAAUGAGUCAAAGCACCAACUCAACGAGCACAAGGAACGGCUCAUCACCCUGGGCUUCGGGAACAUAACCAUAGUCUUAGAUGACCACACGCCUCCGUGUAACUGCACGCCCCCGGCGCUCUGCUCUGCCAUCUCGCAGGGGAUCUACUACCUCUACCCUUUCAACAUAGAGUACCAGAUCCUGGCCUCCACAAUGCUCUACGUCCUGUGGAAGAACGUCGGGCGCCAAGUGGACAGUCACCAGCACCAGGAGAUGCGCUUCCGGUUUCAUGGGGUUGUGCCGGGCUCGGUCCUGGGCCUGACAGCACUGGCCACCACCAUCGGGGUGGUGGUGGUGUAUCUGAUUCGGAUCGGGCGUUCCAAAACCAAGAGCGAGUCGGCCCUCAUCAUGUUCUACCUCUACGCCAUCGUCUUGCUGAUGCUCAUGGCAGCGGCAGGGCUGGUUGGGAUCCGGAUCUAUAGGAUAGAUGAGCAGUCCCUGGAUGAGUCCAAAAACCCAGCCCGCAAACUGGACGCGGACCUGCUGGUGGGCACUGCCUCCGGCUCCUGGCUCAUCUCCUGGGGCUCCAUCUUGGCCAUCCUCUGUGCCGAGUCCCGCCCCCCGUACACCUGGUACAACCUGCCCUACUCCAUCCUGGUGGUGCUCGAGAAGUACAUCCAGAACCUCUUCAUCAUCGAGUCCAUUCACCGAGAGCCCGAGAAGCUCUCCGAGGACAUCAGAACCCUGCGGGUGGUCACAGUCUGCAACGGCGAUUCCAUGCCCUUUGCUUCUUCCUGCCCCAAGAGCGGACCUGCGGCUGGGGCCGGGGCUCCCCAGGGCAGCGAGCUGCCACCUGUGGCCAGUGGAAAUAUGUGUCUGAGCGAAGUCGGCGGCAAAGAGGAAGAGGAGAGAAGCUGCGAAGGGGUCCCGGCCCCAGCCCUCUGUCCCCAUUUCCUGCAGGGCAAUGCCCAGAGAAGAGUCUUAAGGAAUAUUGCGGCCUUUUUGUUCCUCUGCAAUAUUUCGCUCUGGAUCCCACCCGCCUUCGGCUGCCGCCCUGAGUACGACAACGGAUUGGAGGAAAUUGUCUUUGGCUUUGAACCCUGGAUAAUUGUGGUCAACCUGGCCAUGCCCUUUUCUAUUUUCUACCGGAUGCAUGCAGCUGCCUCCCUCUUUGAGGUCUAUUGUAAGAUAUAAUCUGUGUCCACAUCAAAGACGGAGCAGGGAGCUCGCGAGAGAAUUCAGUGGAGCCACCUGGGAUCCAGGAGGUCGGGCAAAUACUGCCAUACAAAUGUGAGAAGGGCUGCCUUUUGUCUGUGAUAACUGUUUUUCCCAUGAGCUGGAGUGGCCCGUCACCCCGGGUGGAUGUAAACACUUCAGAUUAAAAUCAGUGAGGUGGCUGAAGUCUGUCCUUGGUUAGUCAGUUCCAGUCAAACCCAACUUACUUUCUCUCCUAAGUGAGAUCUUCUCUUUUAGAAGCAUGUGAGCCUAGAUUGGAAGAAAAAGCAUAUCCAGUUUAUUUUUCAUAAACAUCGUUUUCUGUUCUCCUGUUAUGAUAUUCAACCCUUUCCUGACCAUCUACAUCAUAUAAUCUCCCUUACGUUUUAUCCUUCCCUGAGCUGAUAAAUGUGGUUACAAUCACAUAUAGUUUAUGCUGUACUUUCUGAAUAUGUUUAACUUUUUGAACAAGGUGGUUUUUAUCAUUCGGAAGGAAAUUUGUGUCUAGAGCAAUAUAAAGACAUGUUUCUCACCUGAAACUGUGGCACAUUUUCAUUUGUAAUCAUUUUUAAGUUUCUAAAAAAAUACAUUUUGCUGUCUUUCUCUCACUAUAAACAUAUACAUAUUAUUUUAGACAAUUUGGACAUUUCAGACCAGUAAAGAGAGGAAAAUCACCUAGGAUGUCACUGUUCAAUUGACCAUCAUUUUUUUCUUCCAGUUUUACUGAGAUUUAAUUGAUGUACCACACUGCAUAAGCUUAAGGUGGACAGCAUAAUGGUUUGACCUACAUACAUCAUGAAAUGAUUAUCAUAAUAAGUUUAGUGACCAUCAUCAUCUCAUACAGAUACAAAAUUAAAGAUAAGGGUCUUGACAGUCAUUUUUUAAAAAAAAUCUUGGUGUGUUUCUUUUAGCCACAUGGGUGCACAGGAUUCUUUUUAUGUUGUUAUUGUUAUAUGUGCCAGCGACGAUGCAACAUGUGGAAUUCUGUAUGCAUUUUCCCCUUACUUAACAAUAUGGCAUAAACCUUUCCCCCACACUGAUAUAAACUCUUUGUAAAUAUCAUUUUAAUACUAUAUUAUAGUCUAUCAAGUACCAUAAUUAGUUUCCUGUUGUUGGUUUUAAAGUGUAAUUUUUCUGUUUUUAUAAGUGACUGCAAAAAUCAACCAUAUAUAUAAGGCAAUUUUUAUAUGUAGAAUUGCUUCUCUAAGAUCUAGACUUAAAAUCAGGAGGUCUGUCCAAAGGUUAGAAAUAUUUUA